AUGAAAUUGGCUCUUGAUAAGGCAAAGGAAGCGGGUCGUAAAGAGCGAGCUGCAGUAAAGAUGCGUGAACAACUCUCAGUGGUUGAACAGCUCAAUUUGGAUUUGACAUUCACAGUUCUUUUCAAUUUAGCUCAUCAGUACAUGGCAAAUGAUUUAUUAACGGAAGCACUGAAUACGUAUCAAGUGAUUGUCAAAAAUAAAAUGUUCGCAAAUUCGGGUCGUUUGAAAGUGAAUAUUGGGAAUAUUUAUUUCAAGAAGAAGGACUAUAAAAAAGCAAUCAAAUAUUACCGUAUGGCACUUGAUCAAGUACCAAAUGUGCAAAAGGAUACGAGGAUAAAAAUCUUGAACAACAUCGGUGUUGCGUUCAUUAAAUGUGGUGAAUACGAUGAAGCCGAAAGUACAUUCGAGCAUUGUAUGGACGAGAAGGGCGAUUACGGCACUGCGUUAAAUCUGAUUUUGACUGCGUACUGCGUCGAGGAUGUGGAUAAAAUGAAAGACGCCUUUCAGCGACUGGUCGAUAUUCCACUGUUGUUCGAUGAUGAACCCAAAUAUAUGGAUCAACAAGAUUUUCUGCUCGCGCAAGCGAUCAGCAACGAUUCACUGAAACAAUGGGAAAGACAACGUCGACAAACUGCAGAAAGAACCAUUUUGACAGCUGCGAAAAUUAUUUCAUCUGCCAUUGCAACAACUUAUGCCGAAGGGUAUGCGUGGUGUGUGGAAGCGAUUAAACAAUCCGUGUACGCACCUCUUGCAAUGGAACUCGAAAUGAACAAAGCCAUCGAGUUGUUACGUCAGGGUGAUCUCACUGCUGCACAACAGGUCACAUCCACUAUUCUCGCGUUUAUUUCUCAUUUUUGA